GCGCUUCGCGGUUUGAAUGGCUGCCGGCCCCGGCCUUGAGCGCGUCUGAAGAGCCGCGGCCUCGGGGUGCACCAUGCCAUCUGGAGGCGACCAGUCGCCACCACCUCCUCCUCCUCCUGCCGCAGCCAGCUCGGAGGAGGAGGAGGAGGAUGGCGACGCCGCUGACGGCUCACAGCCCGCGGGGUCCCCGGGCUCUCAGAUCCAGCAGCGGUUCGAGGAGCUGUGCAGUCGCCUCAACAUGGACGAGGCGGCGCGCGCCGAGGCCUGGGGCAGCUACCGCAGCAUGAGCGAGAGCUACACGCUGGAGGGAAACGAUCUUCAUUGGUUAGCAUGUGCCUUAUAUGUGGCUUGCAGAAAAUCUGUUCCAACUGUAAGCAAAGGGACUGCUGAAGGAAACUAUGUGUCUUUAACUAGAAUCCUUCGGUGUUCGGAGCAGAGCUUAAUUGAAUUUUUUAACAAGAUGAAGAAGUGGGAAGACAUGGCAAAUCUACCCCCACAAUUCAGAGAACGUACUGAAAGAUUAGAAAGAAACUUCACUGUUUCUGCUGUGAUUUUUAAGAAAUAUGAACCCAUUUUUCAAGACAUUUUUAAAUAUCCCCAAGAAGAGCAACCUCGCCAGCAAAGAGGACGAAAGCAGAGGCGACAGCCCUGUACCACGUCUGAAAUUUUCCACUUCUGUUGGGUGCUUUUUAUAUAUGCAAAAGGCAACUUCCCCAUGAUUAGUGAUGACCUGGUGAACUCCUACCAUCUCCUGCUGUGUGCAUUAGAUCUAGUGUAUGGAAAUGCCCUGCAGUGUUCUAAUCGUAAAGAACUUGUGAACCCUAAUUUCAAAGGCCUAUCUGAGGACUGUCACCCUAAGGAUUCUAAACCUUCCUCUGACCCACCUUGUGUCAUUGAGAAGCUCUGUUCCUUACAUGAUGGUCUAGUGUUGGAGGCAAAGGGAAUAAAGGAGCAUUUCUGGAAACCCUAUAUUAGGAAACUUUUUGAAAAAAAGCUCCUCAAGGGGAAGGAAGAAAAUCUUACUGGCUUCCUGGAGCCCGGCAACUUUGGGGAGAGUUUUAAGGCUGUUAAUAAGGCUUAUGAAGAAUACGUGUUAGCCGCUGGGAAUCUGGAUGAACGGAUAUUUCUUGGCGAGGAUGCUGAGGAGGAAGUUGGGACUCUCUCAUGGUGUCUGAAUGCUGCCUCGGGUACAGAGAGUGCUGACCGAACGCAGGUGAAAGACAUCUUACAGCAGCAUCUUGACAAGUCCAAAGCACUUAGAAUCUGCACACCACUGACUGGCGUGAGGUACGUUCAGGAGAACAGCCCUUGUGUGACCCCCGUCUCCACAGCUGCAUAUAGUUUAAGUCGUCUCCACGCAAUGCUGAGUGGCCUCAGGAAUGCACCCAGUGAGAAGCUGGAGCAGAUGCUCAGGACAUGUUCCCGAGAUCCAACUCAGGCUAUUGCUAAUAGACUGAAAGAGAUGUAUGAAAUAUAUUCUCAGCAUUCCCAGCCAGAUGAGGAUUUUAGUAAUUGUGCUAAAGAAAUUGCCAACAAAUAUUUUCGUUUUGCAGAAAUGCUUUACUAUAAAGUAUUAGAGUCUGUUAUUGAGCAGGAACAAAAAAGAUUGGGAGACAUGGAUUUAUCUGGUGUUCUGGAACAAGAUGCAUUCCAUAGGUCACUCUUGGCCUGCUGCCUUGAGGUUGUCACUUUUUCCUAUAAGCCUCCUGGGAAUUUUCCAUUUAUUGCUGAAAUAUUUGAUGUACCACAUUAUCAUUUUUAUAAGGUAAUAGAAAUAUUUAUUAGAGCAGAAGAUGGUCUUUGCAGAGAAGUGGUCAAACACCUCAAUCAGAUUGAAGAACAAAUUUUAGAUCAUUUGGCAUGGAAAACAGAGUCCCCACUGUGGGACAGAAUUAGAGAUAAUGAAAACAGAGUCCCUACGUGUGAAGAGGUCAUGCCACCUCAAAACCUAGAAAGAACAGAUGAAAUUUGUAUUGCUGGCUCUCCCUUAACCCCAAGAAGGGUGAGUGAAGUACGCGCUGAUGCUGGAGGACUUGGAAGAAGUAUAACAUCUCCAACCACAUUAUUUGAGAGGUACAGUUCCCCAACAGUCAGUACUACUAGAAGGAGACUAUUUGAGAAUGAUAGCCCUUCUGAAGGAGGCACAUCCGGGCGCAUCCCCUCCCAACCCCUAGUCAAUGCUGUCCCUGUGCAGAAUGUAUCUGGGGAGGCUGUUUCUGUCACACCAGUUCCUGGACAGACCUUGGUCACCAUGGCAACAGCUACUGUCACAGCCAAUAAUGGACAAACAGUGACCAUUCCUGUACAAGGUAUUGCCAAUGAGAACGGAGGGAUAACGUUCUUCCCGGUCCAAGUCAAUGUUGGGGGCCAGGCCCAAGCGGUGACUGGCUCUCUCCAGCCCCUCAGUGCUCAAGCCCUGGCUGGAAGCCUGAGUUCCCAACAGGUGACAGGAACAACUUUGCAAGUCCCUGGUCAGGUGGCCGUUCAACAGAUUGCCCCAGGUGGACAACAGCAGAAACAAGGCCAGCCUUUAACCAGCAGCAUUAGAACCCGGAAGACGAGCUCGUUAUCACUUUUCUUUAGAAAGGUUUAUCACUUAGCAGGUGUCCGCCUUCGGGAUCUUUGUGCAAAACUAGAUAUUUCAGAUGAACUGAGGAAAAAAAUUUGGACCUGCUUUGAAUUCUCUCUAAUGCAGUGUCCUGAACUGAUGAUGGACAGACAUCUGGACCAGUUGUUAAUGUGUGCCAUUUACGUAAUGGCAAAGGUCACAAAAGAAGACAAAUCCUUCCAGAAUAUCAUGCGUUGUUACAGGACUCAGCCACAGGCCCGGAGCCAGGUAUACAGAAGUGUUCUGAUAAAAGGAAAAAGGAAAAGAAGAAAUUCUGGCAGCAGUGACAGCAGAAGCCACCAGAAUUCUCCAACAGAACUAAAUAAAGACAGAGCCAGUCGAGACUCCAGUCCAGUUAUGAGGUCAAAUAGCACCUUACCAGUUCCACAGCCCAGCAGUGCCCCUCCUACACCAACUCGACUCACGGGUGCCAACAGUGACAUUGAGGAGGAGGAAAGAGGAGACCUCAUUCAGUUCUACAACAACAUCUACAUAAAACAAAUCCAAACAUUUGCCAUGAAGUACUCGCAGGCAAACAUGGACACUCCUCCCCUCUCUCCCUACCCAUUUGUAAGAACAGGCUCCCCUCGCCGAAUACAGUUAUCUCAAAAUCAUCCUAUCUACAUUUCCCCACACAAAAACGAAGCAAUGCUUUCUCCUGGAGAGAAGAUUUUUUACUACUUCAGCGACAGCCCAUCAAAGAGACUGAGAGAAAUCAACAGUAUGAUACGGACAGGAGAGACUCCAACUAAAAAGAGAGGGAUUCUCCUAGAUGAUGGCAGUGAGUCACCGGCAAAGAGAAUCUGCCCAGAAAACCAUUCUGCUCUGUUACGUCGUCUCCAAGAUGUAGCUAAUGACCGAGGGGCACACUGAGGUUAGUCUCCAGUAUGGAAACUGUCUUCACAGGAACUGCUUAGCAGUUAAUGCAUGCAGGAUUAUGGAACCUUGUUCCUUAAUCCAGCACUUACUAGAGCCUGGUAGAAAAGGGAAGCUCUCUGACUGGUGUAGCGGUAUAUACCUGUUAUUCCAGCACCCAAGAGGACCAGGAGUUUGAGGCCAACUUGGGCUAUAUGUAACCCUGACUCAAAAGCAAAAAAAAGGAGGACAUUUUGGUGAGAAAUUAGACUACUUUGGGAUAGUUUUAUUCAUCCCAAUUGCUUCUCCCCUAUUAUUUAAUGCCUAUCUUCAACACUGCCCAGAAUCCAAAUCUAGAUUUUUAACUCUGGUAAGCUUUUACAAGUACCACAGAAAACAACUCUUUAGUAAAAGGCCUGUGUAGGUAUGCCCCAGCAGAGGAACUGUAUUUAAAUUCAUUCCUAGCUGGGUGGUGGUGCACGCCUUUAACCCCAGCACUUGGGAGGCAGAGGCAGGCCUCUGUGAGUUCAAGGCCAGCCUGGGCUACAGAGUGAGUUCCAGGACAGCCAGGGCUGUUACACAAUGAAACCCUGUCUCUUUCAUUCCCACUUGCAUAUGGUUAGGUCCAACCAUAUGUUUUAGGAUGAAAAUACCUGAGACAUUUACAUUCAUGAAACAGAACAGAGGGGAUGGCCCAGACCUGGAAGUCUCCAGGCACUUGCCUAAGGCUCCUGUUCCCUUUGCGCACUAUCCCUUCCCCAGUAGAUAUGGUACAGUGCGAAAGUUGUGCAAUGUCUGAAUGAACCUGUGUAACUGGUGGCACUUUAGGGCUGUAAAAUGCAUGGCGCUGUAACCCAGAGUUUGCUGUAUAUUUAUGAUGGCACUUUCUAUAGUGUGGACCUUAGUAGAUACAAGACUUCUAGGCUAAAAAGCCAGUGUUUUCUUAAAGGACUUGAUGUAGCUACAUGUUCUGGCCAUGUAUAAAAUGCUCCAAUUUGUGGUAGUGGCAUAAACAUAGGGAUCAUCUGACUAAGUAAAAAUUUUUGAAUCAAGUUGAAUUGAGAAUUUGAAAAAUGAUGACCACUUCCUUUUGGAGGUAGUCAUCCAAAGGAAAGUUAUCUUUAAGGAUAUUCCUGGAAGUUAAAAAAAAGGUUGGAGAAUUUAGGUUUUUAUUAGUACAUAGUACCAUUUAUACAAAUUAGAAAAUUAUUUAACAGCUAUUGAUUACCUACAUAUAUCUUUAUUAUUCAUUAUUGUUCCAGUCGUUUUUAAGUUGGAUUAAUAAUCCUAAGGAGAACAUUCAAUUGUAAAUUGGAUCGUUAUAAGCAAAGUUACUAGGUAACUUCAUACUGCUCUAAAUAGAACUUGCACUGUCCACUAGAGUAGUGCUGUGCAAAGUACUUACAAAACCUCUUGGGAUUGCUACUGUAAUUUUAUAUGAAAAUAUGUGUAUUUUUCAAUAAAGCACUUAUAAGUUA